UUUGCCCCCGGACCAACAUGGCGGACCCCCUGGCUCUGUUUGCAGGCGACGACAGCGAUUCUGACAGCGAUUCUAGCGAAAACGGCGACGCUCAGGCCGCUAAAAACGCACAGGGAACAGAGAUAAAGAAACAGCAGAGUAAACCGGCUAACGCGCUGCCGGAUCCGUUGUCUCUUCUGGCCUCCACGGGCCGGCCGAGUUUCCUGGACAGACCGCACGAGAGAGGGAUAGACUGGGAGAGGAGGACGGUGAAGGCACCGGAACCGCCCCCAGAUGAGGAGUAUGUACCGUACUCGUACCGUGCGAAAGGCUCCGCCGCUCUUCCCGCGGUCUCGUCACACAUGACUGAGGAGACCUACGAACCACCACCUCCUGCUGAGGACCCCACAUCAGAAGGGGACCGUAUUCAGAAGGAGAUGCGUGCCUGGAACUCGCUGUACCAGUAUGAACCGGCGUCCCUGGUGAGGGUGAGUGAAGAGGACAAGGCCGUAGCCAAGAUGAUCGCCGAGGAGGCCGUGCUGGAGAACAUGGAGCUAAACGCUGCACAGAAACGGGCUGCUGAGGAGGACAGAGAAUCAGAGCGCGGAGCUUCGAACAAGAAGCUGAAGUCCGAGUCAUUCCGUCAGAAGGAGAAGCGGAAACGAGACCUGGGGAUGGCCAACAGGGAGAAGAGCUACGUGGAGGAGGAGAAGAGAAUUCUCAGACAGAGCUUCGGGGACACGUAACAGACUUGGGAUGAGGGGGGGGGGGUAAUGUACUAGUAGAUGUGUUUCACAUAACUUCUGCUUCC